AUGGGGAAACAUAGAAAUAAGAAUUAAAGCAAGUAUGAAAAUGCUCCUUAGAAAAAGGUGAAGACAAAUCAUUGGGAUCAAGACAAUUAAUAAAUUUGUGUUGUUUAAUUUGAGAAUCCUAUCUUUCGUCGUUUCUAUGAGGUAUAAUGAAAUAAUACAACUAUUAGAUUCAAUUACCAGAAAUAGGUGCUGAAGAGUUUCAAGUCUUUUGGUAAUCUUUAUCUCUUCCAUUGCCUGUCACUUUCAGAAUUAACCCAUCUUAAUACAAAUAUGAGAGUUUGAUUGAAAGAUUGCAAGAUGGAUCAUUGAUAAAAGACAUGGUGAAUGAAGAAGAAAUAGUAGAGCCAAUCAGAGAAAUCAAAUGGUAUCCAAAUCAUUUGGUUUGGGAAUCAAAAGUGCCUAAGAAAAGUUUGAGAAAAUCUGCAGCCCUUACUAAGCUACAUCAGUUCAUAUAAAAAUGCAAUUCAACUGGGUUAUUGACAAGAUAAGAACUUGUUUCAAUGCUUCCUCCUUUAUUAUUGGACCCUCAACCAACAGAUUUUGUUUUGGAUAUGUGUGCAGCACCAGGAUCAAAAACUUGUCAAUUGCUAGAAAUUGUUACCAAAGGAUUGAUUGUAGCAAAUGAUGUUGAUCCCAAAAGAGCUUAUAUGUUAUCGCAUCAACUGUCUCGUAUGCCAACUGCAUAAGUCAUGAUCACUAACUAUGCAGCUUAAUUCUAUCCUACCUUAUAUAUAAAUGGAUAGAGACUACAAUUUGAUAAAGUUUUAUGUGAUGUUCCAUGCACUGGAGAUGGAGCUGCUCGUAAAUUACCUACCAGAUGGGUUAAAUGGUCUGCCAGAGAUGGUAAUGUCAUUCAUCCCUUGUAAUUAAGUAUUUUGAUGAGAUCACUUCAAUUAUGCAAAAUUGGAGGAUACGUUAUGUAUAGCACAUGCUCACUUAACCCUAUUGAAGACGAAGCUGUUGUGGCUGAGGUAUUCAGAAGGGCUGGUUUUGAAGCUUUUGAGUUAGUUGAUUUGCAUACAUUAGAAGGAUUCAAAACUAGAAAGGGAGUUAAGGAUUGGAAGGUCAUUAUAACAGAUGACUUUUUGACUUAGAAAUAUCUUCAAAGGGAAUCAAAUGCAGACUAGGAUGAAAAGGCUUUCCUUGAAACCGUCACUGUAGAUGAUUUAGUCUAUGAAGUUAAUAAUGUUAAUCAAAAAUUGAAUAUCAAGAAGCUUUUUUCUAAGUUUUCUAGAAAAUAGGAAGGAUAGAUGAUUAAUGCAUUCAAAACAUUAAAACCCUCUUUAUGGCCAGACACUGAGGAAUUUAUGAAUAAAAUUUAAAUUGAAAAGUCUAUGAGAGUUCUACCUCAUGAUUAGGAUACUGGAGGUUUCUAUUUGGCAUUAUUUAAGAAAAAGUAAGCAGUGAUUUGGAAAAAACCAACAUAUUAAGAAUCGAUUAUAUCUUAAUUAUAACCAAUAAUAGAAUAAGAAUAAUAGUAAUAAUAAUAACCAAUAAUAGAAUAAUAGUAAUAAUAAUAAUAAUAAUAAUAAUAAUAAUAAUAAUAAUAAAUUGAAGUUGAAUAAAUUAUUGAUAAACCAUAAUCAUAAAAUUAAUAAUAACCCACUGAAUAAGUUUAAUAACAAGCCUAAUAAGAAUUAUAACAAAAAGAAGUAAUAUAAUCAGCAGAUGAUAUUUAAUAAGAAUAGUUUAUUUAAGAUAUUGAUAUCAAUUAGGAUCAUCUUAAAGAUAUCUUAAGAUAAAGUAAUGAAUAGGAUGAUAAAUAAUAAAAUGAUAAAAAUAAAACAUAAUUACUUGAACCCUACACUCCAAUCAAUGAUUAUGAUUGGAAAAUCAUUUGCGAUUAUUAUGGAAUCAGUGAUUUCCCAUAAGGAUAAGUUCUAGGUACUGGAUAAUCUCUGGACAUUAUCAUGUAAGUCAAUAAGAAAUUCAGAUAUGUUAGUGAGGAAGUUAAAAAUAUACUUUUUGAUCCAAAAAAUUGUAAAAUAUUAAAUUAAUUUAAAUAGAAAAUCUUAAACUAAUAAAUAUUGGCUAGAAACUAUUUGAAAGAGGCAAAGAAAGUUUCGGUGGAUAGGUUACACCAUUUAAAAUCACUCAAGAAGGGCUAUCCUAUAUUUUUAAAUUUUUGACUAAGAGAGUUGUCGAAUGCAGCAAAGAUUAAUUUAUGGAAAUUUUAUAAAAGCGAAACAUUAGGAUGGGAGAUUUUGCUCAUGAAGAGUUAAAGCAAUAAUUUGAGCAAUUGAUUUAGGGAUGUUUUGUCCUUUUUUACAAGGAAACUCCAGAAAUUAGCGAAGCCAUCGUAUGUUAAUAUUACAAACAAAGUGUGAAUUUGAUGUGUAGCACAGAGAAUAUAGAAAACAUACUUAUUAGACAUAGAUUGAUGUGA